AUGUCUGACCUCACAAUAAGACCGUACGAUGGUUCCAUCGAUGCAGACCCAGUUUCAACGCUGUGGCAAGAGACAUUCCCGCAAUACCCCGUUGCCUCCCAGCAUUUACAACACCUCCUUGCCCAGCCUUGGGGAUCGCAUUUUGUUGCUAUCCAAAAUGAUACUUCAUCUCGCCUGGUCGGGUUCUGUGCAACUUAUACCGAGAUAUCAAAAACUGCAACUGCAACAACGGCAUACUUGCCGAUAAUCAUCAUCCAGUCUGGCUUCCAGAACCGCGGCUAUGGGACAGCGCUUCUGCAUUACUCUCUGGAUCACCUGUGGAAAUCUUUCAAGACCGUCAAGCUGGGAUGUCCGAUUCCCAAGUUCUGGCCAGGCGUGCCGUCGGAUCUGAACAAGGAGUUUUUUGCAAAGAGAGGCUUUAAAGAAAGUAUAACCUGCAAAGAUAUGUACCAACAACUCGCCACAUUCAAAGCACCCCAGUACGUGCUCGACCGCACCUCCUCCAGCGGUGUCACUUUUGCACCUCUAACACCAUCCGGAGUGGAUGAAUGCCUCGCCGCCCAGGAAUCAAAAUUCCCGCAAUGGGCAGGCGGCUACCGGCUCCUGCACGCCGAGAACCAGCACGACGAUAUCAUGGUUGCACUAGACCACGACGGCAUGCAGAUUGGCUGGACGCUGAUGCUGUCUCCGGGCCGGUCGAGGUUGUGGUAUGGCUUUGCGUUUUUGCCCGUUGCUGGAGGUCCAGACGGGAACGUCAGUGGUACUGGCAAGACGGUUUUAAUUGCUGCGGUGGGUGUCGGCGAGGAGGCUAGAGGGAAAGGGGUUGGUUUGGGCUUGAUCUGUGCUGCUAUGGAAGAGAUGAAGAGGAGAGGCGGCAUUGACGGUGUUUUUAUCGACUCAGUGGAGUUGAACAAUUUCUACGAGAAGAUUGGCUUUGAGACUUGGAAGAAUUAUGUGGAUAUGUCCAUUGAACAUUAA